UCUUCCUCAGCCACCAUAUCUGACACUGUCCCGAGCGCAGUGGCUACUAACCCUGUUGCCAGCGCCCCUGCUGCCAACCAGAACGCGCCCUCCCCAGCUACCAUAACUCCUGCUGCUGCGGGGGGCGGUCGGGACAAAGAACGAGGCAAAAGGCCUCAUCCUGACAGUGAAAUCGAUCCUGAGGAGGAGCCUCUCAUUAGAAGGACCCGGGUCUCUGGGCCGGGUACUCUCUUGCACCGAGCGAUCAGAGCUCCUUCUCCCUCUGGGCCUCCUGCAGCUGGUGGCUCUGCUUCUGCUUCAGGCCCCCCUUCUAUCCCCAGCUUACCGCCAUGGGCCCCUCGGUACACCCGAACGGAUGGGACGUUCGUGAAACCGAACGAGACCAUGCUGAAGGAUGGCCAGACCGCUAUGGCCUACUACAGGAGCAUGUGGACUCCGAAGGACCUUGAGGCGGCAAAGGGCCUUUCCCAGAAGGACGUGUUCAGUCGCUUUCCCCAAUCUGCUAUGGAGACAUUGUUCGGGAUGAUGGCCAUGCAGAAGCAGGUGGAGAUGGGGAACGCCAGGGCCCGAAAGUAUUCUGACAGCCUGGAGGUGGCUAAUAAAGAAAACGACCUCCUUGCCAUGAAGAAUACCGAGGUGCUGGUUCGGCUUGACAAAGCCGAGCAAGAGAGAGAUGUCCUGAAGAAGGAGAAUGAUUCCCUUCAGGAUGAGAAGGACGCCCUCCAGCUUGAGAAGAGCGUCUGGCAGACUGAGCGGGAAUCAAUUAGAGAAGAGAAGGCAGAACUCCAGCGCCUUCUAGCUGAUGAACAGUCUGCUCGGAUGGCUUUUGAAAAAAGAGCUCUGGACGAGCGUACCGCUCUGAUCGACGCGAUCAGCAGAGUGGGUGGUGGGAUGCUGGCCCUUCACGCUUGGUUCUCCAGGGUCGGUGCUCUUCGGUAUGCUCAAGGAUUCCGGGAAGGUUUCGCCGACCGGGUUCCGGAUGAGGGACAGACCAGCUCCACUCCGGAUGAGGUAGACAAGGAUCUGGGGAUCGAACCUCUGGGGGUCUAUGUCGACCCAGAACCCACCGAAGCGGAACGUAUAUUUGAUGAGUGCCAGGACAUCGCAUCCUCAAGGAUCAUCACAGCUCCUCCUACCGCUCUGCCACUGACCGCUCCCCAAUCGUCAACCGUGGUUCCUUCUAUAGCCACUGCUGACGCUGAACCCCAGCCGAACGAUUCAGUCAUUCACCUUGAUUCCCCACCUCAUGAAGGUGAGGCGGCUGAUGGGGCCGAGGAGGCGAGUCGGCGCGACCAGGAUGCUGUUGGUACUGAGGCGUCUAGCUAGGGCUCCUUCGAAUUCUUCUAUUUCAUAUCUUCUUGUAAUGAUGGACAUCUCUCUUUUGUAAACUCAAUGUUCAAUAUUAAUGAAAUGACAGAACUCUUUUUCCCUAUGUGUUGUGCUCUAUUCAACUUAUCUUCAGUACAUACAUAUCUUUUCUCUCUUUUUCUUUUAUAUUAGCUUUGCCGUGUGUUUGUUUACGGCAAGUGCCUGGCGCUCGGCUAGAAUGCCACUUGCCACUUGGCUUUAAAUUUUUAGCAAGUGUCUGGCGUUCGGCUUAUAGUGCCAGCUGCCACUUAUCUUGCUUAAGUGCCUGGCGCUCG